AUGUCGUCCAUCACCCUAGACAUGCACCCCGUGGCUUGGUGUAGCGCAGACCUGGAAUCUGGGACUAGAACCAUAGCUAGCUGCCGCCGCCUUGUCACGAGAUCUGGAGUUGUGACGCACUACUUGACAGCAGCGGAUGCGAGGUUGCGUUGUCUGGAUAUGGAAAUUUUGAAAGGUGGAACAAGAGCUGCUUGGCUCCAGAUAGCCUCAUGGUUCGCCGGGCUGCGUCGCUCAAAGAGACCCUUGGUUUUUCGAAAGCUGGGGGUGAGAUGA